AUGGCUGAUAGCAUAAAAGAAAAAAGUAACACUUCUACUUACCAUACAGAUAGGUCUCCACCUGGCUCUGUAGUUGAAAGCUCUUCCAAAUCAAGAUGGCAAAACUUCAAAGAUUCAUUCAAAGAAGUUGAUUAUGGUGAAAUCGAUCCUAAUAUGACUGACAUUGAAAAGGCAAACUAUGCUACUGCUCACUCUCCAUUAUCAAGAUCAUUAAAAAACAGACAUUUACAGAUGAUUGCAAUCGGUGGUUCAAUUGGUACUGGUUUAUUUGUUGGUUCAGGUACUGCUUUGAGAACUGGUGGACCAGCUGCUGUGUUAAUUGGUUGGUUAUUGGUUGGUGCCAUGAUGUUUUGUACUGUCCAUGCUUUGGGUGAACUUUGUGUUGCCUAUCCUGUCUCUGGUGCCUUUUCUGCUUAUGCUACAAGAUUCAUAUGUCCAA